CAGGAAAAUAAGAAAAAGGUGACAGAUAAACUCUUCCAACCUAAAAUUAGGACCAAAACUUGACACUCUUGACAGUAAAUACCUUCAAGUAAAUGAUACUGUCAAGAAUUUGAAAUCUAUUGAAGAUUUAAAAUUUUUCACAAAUAACUGACUGAAAAUGAUUUUUACAAGGACUAUCAUGCGGUUUUUGCAUACAUCUAAGCAGGUAUUCACUGCAGAAAAAUCCUCUUUAGCUACACUAAGGAAAAAAACAGGAUACACAAUUUCCAAUUGCAAAAAAGCAUUACAGCUCCAUAACUAUGAUCUAGUAACGGCUGAAAAAUGGCUUCAUGAGCAGGCACAGACUCUUGGUUGGAAAAAAGCAACAAAAUUGGAAGGACGGCAAACAUCUCAAGGUUUAGUAGGUGUUAUUAUGAAGGACAAAUGUGCAGCUAUGAUAGAAUUGAACUGCGAAACAGAUUUCGUUGCUAAAAAUAAUGAAUUCAAAAGUAUGGUAGAAGCGGCAGCUGAAAGUUGUCUCAAUUAUACAAGUAAACAAUAUAAGUCUAAUUUACCAGUAACCAAGAUAUGCUUUAGUGGGGAACAACUAAGAGAUUUGCCUGCUAAAGAUGGUAAAAAAUUAUCAGACCAGUUAGCAUUAUUGAUUGGCUGUAUAGGAGAAAAUGCCACUUUUAAAAGAGCAUUUUGUUUCAAAGCUGGACAUGGUGUGUCCUUAGCAGGAUAUGCUCAUCCUUCUGGUGAAGAAAUAAAUGAUGUUCAAUUAGGAAAAUUUGGAAGUAUUGUAGCAUUCACACAAUUGACACCUAAAGAGGUUGAUAUGAAUAGAGUUGGCAAAGAAUUAUGUCAACAUAUCGUUGGAUUAAAUCCUUCAAAAAUUGGUUCAACAGAAGAAGUAACGUCAGAGCUGAAGGAAGAAGUAACGUCAGAGCUGAAGGAAGAAAAAACGUCAGAGCUGAAGGAAGAAGAAACGUCAAAGCUGAAAGAAGAUGAAGAUAGCCUUCUCAAUCAGGAGUUUCUUCUUGAUGAGGGUAUAACUGUUAAAGAAUAUCUAGCGGAAAAUGGUGUUGAAGUAUUAGAUUUCAAAAGGUUCCAGUGUGGGGAAGCUACAAUGGAAUCUGGCGAUCAACCAUUAGAUCUUGUUGAAACUUGUCAAUAAUGAUUUUUUCCCAAAUAUAGUUUCAGUGUAUAGAGAUUGUAAAGAAUUCUGAAGAAAAUAAGUUUUAGAAUGUAACAAUGACUGAAUGGUGAAGAGGAUACAUAUAAUUUCCAUUAAUUCAUGUAAAUAAAUUUACAAGUAAAACCUUUGAGAUAUGA